GCGAAAGACACCCUAGACGAACAUAAGUUUUGGAUGUAAAGCCACGGCUUGGGUAUUCUAAGGCAUCCCCUUUGAGGCUCCUGUUCGAGCGUCUCUAUCCGUCUUCAUCCUUCUGCGACACAAUAUACCCGCGGCUCCUCAAAUACAUUUGACUAUUCAGUCUUUCAAACCAUUGUGUCCUGAAGUUAAUCUAAUGUCAGGAUAAGAGGCAACAAAGGCCAGGUCUCACACAUCUAGCAUGACGACCACAUUCGACAUAGACGCUUUACCGACAAUCCCGUCAUCAUGGACCGCCCCGACCACUUGCUUCGCCAGCACGCUCUACUACCGAGUCCUGCUCGGCAACGGCUUCUUUAGCAAUCUCUACGGGACGCCUACACCCGUACUGGAUGGCAAUGCGCCCAACGGGGAUUGCGUCCCCCCAUCAUUCACCAUCAACGUGCCCUAUCGAACCGACGGCGAUUGUCCUACGGGCUACACCCGUGCCUGUGCCACUGCCGGGCCCAAUAGGUCGGGAAAGCCCGUCAGCAGUGUUACGUGCUGUCCCAGUGUCACUGGCAACGCCUUUUCAUUCAUGUGCAGAGAUCAUCAAUACGGCUGCCACGCAACAGCGACUCCCGGCGCUGUGUGGACCGGCUUGGUUACCGAUCUUGGUAUUGCUGUUCCAACAGAGCAGCCGAUAACGCGAACACCGUUUACAGAUGAGGGUUUAGAGGCGUGGGGAGUUAAGAUGAUUUCAUCUACCUGCGACGAUGAUAACGCCAACAACAACAACAACAACAACAACAACAACAACAACAACAACAGAAACGGGAACCUCUACAAAUCAAGCUUCAGCUACGACAAGCACACAAAGUGGCAGCAAUGGCCCUUCUACAGGGCUUUCUUCUGGCCCCGUAGCAGGGAUAGCCAUCGGUUCCGCCGCAUUGAUGGGAAUCCUCAUGCUCAUCGCAUUUCUCGUGCACCGUAACAAGCGCAAGAGGCUGAGUAACGAAAGCAACUACCUCUCAGCAAAUAGUAGCACAAACGGGACCCCUAUGGACAGAUAUGUCUAUCCUAUGGGCGUCAAUGAUGGCAAAGUCCAUGAGGCUCCUUUGGCUCCAGCCCAGAGGACAUGGGAGUUACAGGGUUAGAGCCGACUAAAUAUAGAAGCGGCAGUGGUACUAGUAGCAGAAGUUGAAUCACAUAAUAGCAUGUAAUAGGUGUCACUUAGGAGUAGAAUACCCAGAGUUAGAACGCAAGUUGGUCAUCAGACCAAAUGUAGUAAAAGGCUUUAUAUAUGUUUGCUUAGUGUUGAAUGGAGAAA